AUGUUCCGAAAUCCGGCAUAUGCUUUGAUAUGGAUACUGUUUGCGGUCCUUGAUUUUGUCAGAUGUGAUUCUCAAAUAUCGCUGUCAAAGCGAGCGACCAUCGACCUAGCGAUUUCAGCCAACUUUCCGGAUCCGAGUGUCAUCAAAGUUAACGGCACAUGGUAUGCAUUCGCUACCCAUACUCGAGGUACAAACAUCAAGAUCCAAGUCGCCCAGUCUCUCAACUUUGAGGAUUGGACGGUAGUGAGAAAUGCCGAUGGUUCGCAGUUCGAUGCACUACCCGUACUUCCUGCUUGGGUGCGAAUGGCGAAUUACCUGACUUGGGCUCCAGACGUUCAACAACUGGAUGAUGGUUCCUUCAUCAUGUAUUUCUCGGCUACUACUGCCGCCAGACCAGAUGGAUCGAAACAUUGCGUUGGCGCUGCCACUUCGCCAACAAUCAUGGGUCCAUACACAGGUCUGGCCGAUGCGCUAUUCUGUCCUCUGUCCAGAGGAGGCGCCAUUGACGCCUCUGGAUUCAAGGACAGAAAUGGCAAGCGAUACGUCGUAUACAAAGUGGAUGGCAAUUCGAUCGGACACGGAGGUGCAUGUGGCAACACUGUCGCACCCAUCGUAGGCACGCCACUAAUGCUUCAACCGGUGGCCGCUGAUGGCCACACGUUCACUGGAAAUGCUGUUGCUCUCCUGGACAACGAUGGAGCGACGGAUCAAGGAAUUCUGGAGGCCCCGUUCUUGACCCGUUCUCGUGCUGGUGUCUAUUUUCUCUUUUUCAGCAGUGGUUGCUUUGCCACUACAGGAUACACAGUCUCCUACGCAACGGCGACAAACCUCACAGGACCUUAUACUCGCGCAAGUGGCCCACUCUUCAGGACGGGCGACGGAAAUGGGCUCAAGGCUCCUGGCGGCAUGUCGAUAUGGGGUGACAACAGACACAUGGUUCUUCAUGCGAAUUAUGGAGGUGGUCGUGCUAUGUACACGACACUGAUAGCGCUCAGGGGAACGGAAGUGAUUACCAUGUGA